CGUUGGUAUGAAAAAAAAUCGAAGAACCCGUAUGGUUCUCUUUCUCCUGUUCUCUUAACUCUGUGAAACCGUCCAAAAUGGCGAAAAGAACCAAGAAGGUCGGAGUAGUAGGGAAGUAUGGUACUCGAUAUGGUGCCUCACUUCGAAAAAUGGUUAAAAAGAUGGAAAUCACACAGCACUCAAAGUACACAUGUGUAUUCUGUGGCAAAGAAUCCCUGAAGAGGAAAUGUGUUGGUAUAUGGUACUGUAAGGGAUGUGGAAAGACUGUAGCUGGAGGAGCUUGGGUUGUCAGCACCACAGCUGCUGUCACAGUGAGGAGUGCAGUUCGGCGCCUCAGAGAGAUGCAAGAGACAUGAUUUGUACAGUCUGGCAAUAAACCAACCAGUUUCUAGUGUAAAA